UGUGGAGACUUCCAGAUCCUCGAAGGUGACGGUUCCGGCAUAAGUAGCCGGUCACCUUUUUUGUUAACUAGUCACUAAGACGAAGGGGCUGAAUCCGUGAAUAUUUAAUGUUAGGAAAUCAGAUCGGAAGAUUCCAGGGGCCUGGAAUACAAACGGUGAUCCGGAAGCGGAAGUCCCCUGCAGGCGGAGUGCUAGAGAGCGGAGGCAGCGGCGGCAGCAGCGGCAGUAGCAGCGAUUCAUCCACAAGAUCCUUGUGUGCAGGGGAAAGAUGCUGAUCAAAGUGAAGACGCUGACAGGAAAGGAAAUUGAGAUCGACAUUGAACCCACAGACAAGGUGGAACGGAUCAAAGAGCGAGUGGAAGAGAAAGAAGGAAUUCCUCCACAGCAGCAGCGACUCAUCUACAGUGGCAAACAGAUGAACGACGAGAAGACAGCUGCUGAUUACAAGAUUCAAGGGGGCUCAGUACUCCAUUUGGUGUUGGCUCUUCGUGGGGGAGGUAGCCUUGGGCGGUGAUGGACCUCCCUCUACUUUGUCCCCUUACCCCAUCACUCAUAAUGAUGCGCCAUAUACCCUUCCACUUCCUGGAACAACAGAACCACCACCUCCUCCCCAGGACAGAUGCCCAGGUGUUUCUGUCUAUUGCUGGGAGAUCUGUGAGGACCCCAGGGUCCAGCCCUCUGGGCCUGUGGAGCCCUUUGCUAGCUGUUGGUUUUUAGUUUGUGGUCUCGCCUGCCCCUUCCCUAAUGGCUGUGUCCUGGUUGUUAAUAAAGACGUUUCCCAGCC